AUGUCUGACAACAGCGCCAACACCUCGCAACCCGCCGUCGAUGAGACGCCCAUCUCCCGCCCUGCCGGCGAGCGCAAGAAUUCUCUCGAGAACCACCUCCAACACCGUCCCGACCGCGCCGAGCUGGUCGAGAAGAACAUCCUGCCCGCCUCCAACGCCGCGCCCGGCUUGAUCGCCCACCAAAAGGAGCUCGAGAAGCACAUGCGCGCCGACUCUCUCAACGACAAGAUCUCCCACCGUCCCGCCCCCGAGGACCUCAUCAAGGAGGGCGUGCUCAAGGAGGACCCCCGCAGCGCUGACGACAAGUACGCCGAGGCCAUUGAGGACGAGUACGCCAAGCGCGAGGGUGGUGCUUGA